AUGCUGCAGUACCAGAGGAAGCUGCGUUGCAUGCGGGUGAGGGACACGCAUGCUUCGAUGAUCAUGUCUAGGGCCACGAAGCGUAGUUACUACCACUACAUGUUCGACAUCAUCGCGCACGUCGUCCUGCUCCUGGACAUGUGUCAGGGCUUCUGGACGUUCUCUUGGAAGUACUUGGACGAAAUGGAGUUCAAUGCCAAGUUCCCAAAGGUCGAUACAGGCCAGUGGAAGGCAUUGGAGGUCAUGAGUUACGUCAGCUUUUUUUUCUUGGUGCACCAGGUUUAUUUCCGGGCGAAUCCUUGCAUCUUCGGGCGGUCCUUCGCGGACGUGUUGGAUGGGGUGGCAGUGACGUUUAUGUUCGGCACCCAUUUCGCAUGGGCGGGCGAGGUUCCGUCCUUCAACACCGCCCCCUCUCACAUGGCCGUGUUUUUGCGCGGCUCGUUCGCGCUAUGGCGCAUCGCGCGCAUCUACGCCGCGAGUCAGGUCCUGCGCAUGGGCGACGCCAGUUUUAAGUUGCGAGUCGAGCACGACCUCGUCAAUAACGGGUAA